CUUCAGGGGAAGACAAAGAACUAGCAGAAAUGGUUUCUGAUAUACAAGCGUUUAUCAAAACGCUUGAGUUUUGGGAACAAAACUCAAUCGAUGGCGAUACCAGGCAUUUUCCUGUUCUUUCAGAAAAGAUAUCUCAAAGUCCAUUAGAACCACAUGACAGUAAAUAUCAUGUAGAAAUAGUCUCUAACUUGAAGGGUAACUUCACACAUCGUUCCAAAGAUUUCAACGAAAUUGCUAUAGUGGCGCAAUUUAUUGUUUCACGCUUCAUGCUUCAUAUCAUCGAAGGAUUAUGGAGCUUUCAGGAGUUGGAUCAGUUCUUUAUUGUCAACAGAAAUACAUCAUUGAUGGAACAAGAGCAUUUAGUAUUUGUAUUUUCUUCAGGAGGUGCGACAAUAGUUCCGCAGUUUUUCAUCAUCAUCUACCAUUCAGGAUACAAGUCACCAGCAUGUCACAUCUAUCGCCAGAAAAUUCGAAAAGUACCCGAUACUCCAGCACAAACUCUUGUUAAAAACUAUUGA